AUGGACCUUUGUGAGAAGGAACAAGUCCCGGCUAUGAAGAAGGCACAUGUCGCUGCCCCUCGAACAAAGAAAAAGGCAUCUAAAAGGAGAAUCAUGUCUCUUAUAAGAAGAAUUCUGGAUACUCUGAAAUUUAUAUUUUUGUUUCUAUAUUACUGCUUGGAGGCUUUUCUGAUGUGCUUCUGUACUGGGAAAAAAAAGGUGGCUGGGCAAACAGUGCUUGUCACUGGAUCAGCAAAUGGAAUCGGAAGGCAGAUUGCAUUGAAUUUUGCCCAACUUGGUGCCGUUCUUGUUCUCUGGGACAUUGAUGAAGAAGGAAAUGAGAAAACAGCCAAGCUCAUCCGGUCAAAUGGAGCACAAGCCGUUCAUACCUACAAGUGUGACCUGCGCAAAAAAGAAGAAAUCUAUGCAGUGGCAGACCAGGUAAGAAAAGAAGUCGGAGAUGUAGAUAUUCUAAUCAACAAUGCAGGCAUAUGGAAGAAGAAGCCUUUUAUGGAACUUUCUGACUCAGACGUAGAAGAAACCUUAAAAACCAACACGGAGGCACAUUUCUGGACUUGCAAAGCCUUUCUGCCAGCCAUGAUUGCCCACAACCGGGGACAUUUGGUUACUACUGCAAGUGUUGCAGCAUUUUCUGGAGGCACUCAAACCACAAUCUAUUCUUCUAGUAAACAUGCAGCAUUUGGCUUUUUGGAGUCUCUUACCCUUGAACUGAGGAAAAAAGGGAAGGAAGGCAUUAAAACCACCAUCGUCUGUCCUAGUUAUGUGGAUACAAGAUUAAUUACCGGUUUAAAAAUAAAACCUACAUUUCUACUUCCUAUCCUCGAUGUAGCUUCUGUAGGCAGGAAGAUUGUGGAUGCCAUUCUGAAAGAGGAAUUUUAUGUCGUCCUGCCAUCACAAGCGCGACUCCUAAUUCUUAAAAUAUUUCUUCCUAAGAAAGCAGUUUUCCUUCUGGCAGACUAUCUUGGAUUAAUCUCAAAAAUAAACCACUUUAGGGGCCAGGUAAGAGGGGGGAAAAUUUACAAAUAG